AUGUUGUGUGGGUUAUUUUGGUCGUGUGGUGGGUGGCGCUGUUGGAAUCUUCGCGACCAAGAUGAGCGACAUGAUGGGAUUACAGAGGUGUGGUGUGUGUGUGUGUGCCACGAGUCAGGUUGGCCGUGGAGUCAGAUGUGUGUGUUCAUCUUUGGACAGAAAGACUGUGCUGCAUGUCUGGCCUAUGGAUUACGCGACUACAAGCUAGCGCGCUUGGCGUCAAAAGACAGGCGCAGGUUGCAUUCGGAAGAUGACAAUGACGAGUUUGUGUCACAUCAACGAGAGCUGAGGUGCAUGAUCUGA